AUCGUUCCACCUCCAAUAUAUGAUAGAUAAUCGAAACCCUAAUUCCCAAUCUCUCAGAAUUGAUUUCAAUUUCGAAAAUUCUGAGAAAUUGGUUUAAUUUUCGAGACAAGAAUGGAAAUCGAUGGCGCAAUUGAGCAACAGAGAGAACUAAACAACAGUGUUAUGUGUCAAUUGUCGGAUCCGGAAGGCACGCCUUUAGGUCCACCUUUGUAUCUUCCCCAAAGCGCUGGACCAAAAGAGCUAGUUCAAAUGGUCAAUAAGCUUCUCAAUAAUGAGGAGAAGUAUCCUUAUGCCUUUUAUAUAUCAGACCAAGAGCUUCUGGUGGAGCUUGGAUCCUAUUUGACAAAAAACAAGGUAUCGGUGGAAAAGGUCCUGACCAUAGUGUAUCAACCUCAAGCAGUUUUCCGCAUUCGUCCUGUUACUCGUUGUUCUGCAACAAUUGCUGGUCAUACAGAAGCUGUACUUUCAGUUGCAUUUAGUCCUGAUGGACAGCAGCUUGCAAGUGGUUCAGGUGAUACAACCGUCCAUUUAUGGGAUCUAAAUACCCAGACACCCUUGUUCACAUGUAAAGGGCACAAGAAUUGGGUUCUCAGCAUUGCAUGGUCACCUGAUGGUGAGCAUCUUGUCAGUGGAAGUAAGGCUGGAGAACUGCAGUGCUGGGAUCCCAAGAAUGGGAAGCCAUCUGGAAAUCCACUUAUUGGUCAUAAGAAAUGGAUAACUGGUAUAUCUUGGGAGCCAGUGCACCUCAGUGCCCCAUGUCGCCGCUUUGUCAGUGCUAGUAAAGAUGGUGAUGCACGAAUAUGGGACGUUACAUUGAGGAAAUGUGUUAUUUGUCUUACUGGUCAUACACUGGCAGUAACCUGUGUGAAAUGGGGUGGGGAUGGUGUGAUAUACACUGGAUCUCAAGAUUGUACAAUUAAGGUGUGGGAGACAUCACAGGGAAAGCUAAUCCGUGAAUUGAAGGGCCAUGGACAUUGGGUAAAUUCUUUGGCAUUGAGCACAGAAUAUGUUCUACGAACUGGAGCUUUUGAUCACACUGGUAAAAAGUUCUCGUCUCCUGAGGAAAUGAAGAAGGUAGCUUUAGAAAGGUACAAUAAAAUGAAGGGCAAUGCUCCAGAACGGUUAGUUUCAGGUUCGGAUGAUUUCACUAUGUUCUUGUGGGAGCCUGCCGUGAGUAAACAUCCCAAAACUCGCAUGACGGGACAUCAACAGCUUGUAAAUCAUGUUUACUUUUCUCCUGAUGGACAAUGGAUUGCAAGUGCCUCAUUUGACAAGUCAGUCAAGUUGUGGAAUGGUACAACAGGAAACUUUGUUGCAGCUUUCAGGGGUCAUGUGGGGCCUGUCUAUCAAAUAAGCUGGUCUGCUGACAGUCGGCUGCUUUUGAGUGGGAGUAAAGACUCAACUUUGAAGGUCUGGGAUAUCCGGACAAAAAAGCUAAAACAAGACCUUCCAGGACAUGCAGAUGAGGUUUUUGCAGUUGAUUGGAGUCCAGAUGGUGAAAAAGUAGCAUCUGGUGGUAGAGACAGAGUUCUGAAGUUGUGGAUGGGCUAGAGCAUACACUGCAGACAGGAACGUACAAUUCUUGCUAGAUGAAAUGCUGCUUCCAAUUCUGUGGCAUGCACUAAAAGCUAGUGGAGAAAAUAGGAAGGCUACUCUUGGAUGGUAAAAGGAUGAAGUUUCUUUCAAGCUCAAGGGCCGGUUGUUACAAAAGCAGCGAUGACCCUUGCAUUUGUGGCCUGCCAGAACCAUGCCAGGAUGAGCAUAGGAGAGAGAUUUCAUUUCAACAGGACAAUGGUUUGAUGAUCGUUGCAUUUGAAGAAGAUACAGGAUUGUACCCAUCAGGCUCAGAGCAGAACUAGUAGAUGGGUGGCCUGCAACAUGACUUCUACACUUUAUGCUGUUAUGUUUGAUUAACAAAAGCUAGAACGAUGGUAGAUUACAAGGGCGGGAAUCUCUAGUUGCAUUUCUUCUGCAUGACAAUGAAUUUCUGUAUUAAUUUGCCUUUAUAAAUUUGUGUGCAAAAUUAUGAGUUGAGAUCUGUUUGGAUCAGAUUUAUCAUUUGAAGUGCAAUGUUAGCUGCUUCUUCAGAUGUUACACUGAUUA